GACAAAACGCCCGAGAAUAGGGAGGAAGGACGCAUACAAACAAAGCUGGUUCGUGUGCGUCCUUCUUAUCCCUUUGUCUUGGAUUUUUUAAUUAUGGAUUUACGCCACCAUUAAAGCGUGCGGUGCGGAGCUACUUUGCUCUGCGGAGAUGACCGCUGUCUGUGGAAAUAUGUUCAAAAUGGAUGGAGGCGCGCGUUCCUGUUUCACGUUUGUGAUCCUUUAAAAUAUAUUUCCCCCUCAAGAAAAAUACUGUUCAACUGGCCGUGCUCAACGGUUCUAUAUUUAUAUGCAAACCGUUGGAUCGGUUAAAUACCCAAUAUGUUUUCAAACAGCACCCAGUGCAAGCACUGGAUGUUUAAAGACGAUCAACAAGUAUCAAGGCUGCGUCAAGAGGCAAACUGUAGAUUUAUCGAACGACAUAAUGACGAAUCCCGCUCUCAGGAUAGUCCUUACGAGCACUUCCUGACAGCGGACGAAGAGCGUAUGAUAUACAAGCACUAUGAAUUCACAUUGAGGGAUUUCUGCAAGAAGUUCCAACCCCCUGUGCCACGCAGUGUCAUUGGCACGUCUUUCCACUAUUUCAAACGUUUUUACCUCAACAACUCUGUGAUGGAUUACCACCCCAAGCACAUGCUAGUGACCUGCGUCUACCUGGCGUGCAAGGUCGAAGAAUUCAAUGUCUCCAUAGCGCAGUUUGUGAGCAACUUGAGAGGCGACCGUGAGAAGGCAACCGAUAUCAUCCUCAGCCACGAGUUGUUGUUAAUGCAGCAGCUUAAGUACCAUCUCACUGUGCAUAACCCCUACAGACCACUUGAGGGGCUCUUAAUAGAUAUAAAGACGAGAUGUAGGCAAUUUCCUGACCCCGAGAAGCUUCGAGUGCUGAUGGACGACUUUCUAGAUCGGACCUUGUUCACGGAUGCCAUGCUCCUCAUGGCACCUUCCCAGAUUGCCUUGACUGCUGUGCUUUAUGCUGCAAACAAAGCCCAGUCAAGUUAUGAUGCGUACGUUACGGAUGUCCUGUUCGCAAACAGUUCUAGGGAAACGCUACAACACAUACGGGACACGGUGAAAAGGCUUUGGCUGAUGGUAAAGAGCAUUGAAGUGCCUCAGAAGGACAAAGUCAAGGCUGCAGAACAGAAGCUGGAGGGAUGCCGGAACCAGGAGAAUAAUCCAGACAGCCAAGUAUACAAGAGGAAGCUACAAGAAAUGCUAGAUGACGAACCAGUCGAUACAGGGGCAAAGUAUGCCAGAUACUCGGAGGAUGAAAGGGUGGACGAAGAUGCAUUGGGAGGAACAGCACCAUUUGAUUCGCCAUAACGUUACAAUGUGCGACGUUUGUGAUAUUUUCUUAUCAGAUUGAACGAAUAAAUGUUUAUGCAACACU